AUGUCGACUCAGGACAACCGGGAGCGCGCAUUGCUCAGCAUCUUUGGGCCAACACUCAGCAAGAAUCCAGCAGCGCUUCGGGAAUGCGUGAACCUUUUGCAGAUAUACGGCAUUGAGCCCGAGACGCUGCAUUCAAAAUGGGAGGCAUAUAUCAUGAACCACACGAACGCUACAGGAGACGAAGACGAUGGAUCCAUGACACCUGCGCAUCUGGAAGGCUUCAAGAGCAAUCUUCGUCGCACACUGGAGCAACAGGCACAGCAAGGAUACCAGGCACAGGUGUCCUCUUCGACUUCAUUCGCGACCCCCAAGAAAGCCGCGAUCAAGUCAAGAUACCAUGGCUCGGGAAGACCUGCUUCCACUAUCAAUUACGAGAUGGACCUGGACCAGUUGAAUGAUUUUGGGGCACCUGAUAGCAGAUCCACAUUUGCGAUUCCCACAACUCCGAUUAGGAACAGGGGCAGUAAUGGCGUCGCUCCGCUUCCAAUCUCUCCAUCACAGCCCUCCCCUUCAUCAAAGCAGUUUGCACUUCGUAAGAACCAGUCAGAAACAGAGGAGACGUUGAACGGCAACUUGUCAUUACGCCAAGCAGCACCAAACAACAGCCCCGAUUACCGAAAUGCAAUCAAUCUGGUGGUCAGCGUAAAGCCGUAUCGAUAUAUGUUCGAAAAACUCGCCGAGAAGGGUGAAGCUUUGGAUGACAGGAUCGACUUGUUUGCAAGUAUUUAUAAGAAAUUCCAUCCCGACACCGAGUUUCGCAAUCCUGCCUACCCGAGCCAAGCCGUUGUCACUGUGGUCGGAAGGAUUUGCUCCGACGCCAAUGAGGGCAAGACUAAUGAACGCUCGCUUGUCCUGGAGACGAGUCGUUCACUUGGUGGGGGAUCAAGGGUAAAACUGGAUAUUGCAGAGAUUUCAGGAUUCGGAUUUUUUCCAGGCCAGAUUGUUGUCCUGAGUGGCAUCAACGCGAACGGAUCUAUCUUUGCUGUUACACGUGUACACGAGUUGCCCUCGUUGCCAAUGGCCGGUGCAAGCCCAGCUGAUCUGGAGGAAUAUCACUAUAAAAAAAUGAAUGGCCAGCCCAUGAAGAUCAUUACUGCAGCAGGCCCAUACACGCUCAAUGACAACCUCCUGUUUGAGCCCUUCGCAGCACUCAUGGAGCAUGUCACGAGGGAGCGACCAGAUGUGUUACUACUGGUAGGACCGUUCGUGUCCUCUCAGCAUCCGUUGAUUUUGUCCGGCAACGUUGACAUGACGCCCGAACAGUACUUCUCAUUAUACAUUUCGUCUCUGCUUUCGCAGCAUCAAGAGCGAUACCCGAAGGAGAUGCAGAUCUUGCUCGUCCCCAGCCUACAAGAUGUUAUUCACGAGACCACAGUAAUGCCCCAGCCAGGAUUUGAACAUGUCCGUCCACUCGGCUUGCCGGCAGGAACAUAUUGCCUACCCAACCCAGCACAAUUUACGAUCAACGAAAUGGUGUUUUCAGUCACCAGUUCGGAUAUUCUAAUGCACCUGAGCGGCGAUGAGAUUGCACGAAACCCAGAACGGACAGACCGUAUGGGUCGUCUCUCCAAAUAUCUCGUUGAACAGCGCAACAUGCAUCCUGUGUAUCCCGGUCUGACAUCGGAUGUAGAAAGUGGAGUGGACUUUAACCAAUACGACUUGAUGGACCUUCGCGUUUGCCCCGAUGUUAUCAUCCUGCCAAGUAAGCUAAAGAGCUUUGCCAAGACCGUCGAUAAUGUAGUCGUUGUAAAUCCGAAUCAGCUUUGCAAGGCGCAGACUGGAGGCACGUUCGCACGUCUGACAAUUCACCCAAUAUCCGAGGGCAUCCUCAGUGAUGCCGUGAUGAUGAUGGAUGAGGAGGAUAAGCAGAGUCUGUCGAUGUAUCAUCGGGUCUAUGAGCGCUGCCGAGUUGAUCUUGUCCGCGUAUAG